UAUUGGCGCGCCGUGCGGGACAAAGGCACUCCAUUCGCAUUGCACCCCAGCAAGCACACCAACCACACCGCCACCAUGUACAAGCUCGCCGUCUUUGCCCUGUGCAUCGCCGCCGCCUCGGCUGGCUUCAUCGGCGCCCCCGUGGCCGCCCCCCUGGCCUACUCCGCCCCUCUGGCGUACGCCGCCCCCGCGGUCCACGCCGCCCCCGUGGCCUACGCCGCCCCCGCACCCAUCGUCAAGACCAUCGCCCCCGUGGCCACCUCCUACCAGAACACCUACAAGAUCUCCCGCUCCGCCGUGGCUGUUGCCCCCGUGGCCUACGCCGCCCCCGCCCCCAUCGUUAAGACCGUGGCCGCCCCCGUCGCCUACGCCGCCCCCGCUGUCCACGCCGCCCCCCUGGCCUACGCUGCCGCCCCCGCCUACCACGCUGCCCCCCUCGGCUACGCCGCCGCCCCCGCCUACAUCCACUAAUUUAUUGACAAACGCGAAGAAAUAAAAAGAACAAAAACACA